AGUGCAGAGUAAUCGUUUACCUCUUGGCUCCUCGCAAGUUUAUUAAUAGAAAUACUUGUACUGCAGAAACUUGAAUCUUCUUUGCGAGUAAUGAAUGAACAAACAAUUAAAGAAAUUGAAUGUCGGUGUAGUUGACAUUAGACGUAAGCUAGACGUUCUGUAAUUUGCGGUAUUUACGAAGAUGCUGGUUAACCGCCAUCGUCGAGACUAAUAUACCGCAGAAAAUGCCCUGAAUAGGUGUAAUUAUGGAUCCUCGACGAGACGGAAUAGAAAAAAGAAGAAAAUUGGAACAAACUUACGUUCAAACACAAACAAAUUACACACGUGACGUACAUUCGUCAAUCGAUCGAUUAUUUAUUCACGAGGUUUAGGAACUACCUUUUUCCGAGAUACCCAAGUCGGAUUAUCGAACAAGUAUUAUGAGCGAAAUUAAAAUCGGCGAUAAGAUACCCAGCCUUAUUUUAUACGAAGAAAUCCCGGAGAAGGAGACAGACAUAUCUGAACUCGUGGCGGAUAAAAAAGCGAUAAUAUUCGGGGUACCUGGCGCCUUCGUACCUGGUUGCUCUCGCGUUCAUCUCAGAGGUUUUAUCGAAAAAUCGGACGAACUCAGGCGAAAAGGUUACGAAGAAAUUAUCUGCGUUUCCGUAAACGACCCCUUCGUUCUUACGGCUUGGGGAUGGUCCAAGGGCGCAGAAGACAGGGUGAGACUGCUGGCCGAUCCAAUGGCGAAAUUCACGUCGGCGAUAGGAAUGGGUAGAAAAAUGCCAGAACUAGGAGAAGUCUGCAGAAGUCGUCGUUAUUCAAUGGUGACGAUCAACGGAAUAGUCAGAGAAUUAUUCACCGAAGAGGAUAACGCUAGAUUGAUGUGCCUUGGGCCAAAAUUCUGUAUAUAAAAUUGAAGAAAAACUAAAAAUAAAUUUCAAAUUAAAUUCAUCAUCGUGGCAAUAAAACGAAGGAGUGAAAGAUCGAUCGCUUUCGACGCGAAAAUAAAAAGAAUAUUGAGAAAUAAAAAGUUCUUAAAUAAAUUGAAAAAAAAAAAAAUAAAAAAUAAAAAUUCUCGCUCGCAUCGCACUAACCUACUUCUGACCCGUUUCAAAGCUCGAAGGGCAAUGCACUUGCCAGUUUCUCUCAUUUCUGAACGCAGCAGCAACAGCAGCAGCUGUUUCAUAUGCGUUUCAUAUACGUGUAGUAUGCUUACAGAGAAUGUAAUGUGGAAUCGCUCUUAUAGGUGAGCAAAGACGGAUUUUUUUUUGUCUAAUCUUUUAUCUUGACGAUAAUUUCACACUCCUAAAACACAAUCAAUCGAUCAUUGGCCUUAAAGAUAACAUCUCGAUAUUGGCUCGGAUGUUGGUCUCUAAUUAUUUUGAACCAUGCGAAGGUCAACGUUGAUACAAAUGACCUUGAUUUUUUUUCUUCUCUAGAAACGUAACACAACUAACCAAUCGUUAAAUUUCGGUUUGGAACGAAAAAAUUCUUGAAAUUAUUUUAACGCGGCUUUUUCAGGUCAAGUUUAUUUUCUUGACCGAAAUUUAUUUAGGAUACGACGUAUUCCAGCUUCAAGUUUUUUGCAAAUCUUGUAAAAAUAUAUCGAAAUCGAGCCUUCAAACUGCAACAGGCGGUGCAGGUAUACGAACCUGAUAAACUCUAGAUACUUCAGUUUGAACAAGAACUUUUAAUCAUGUUUUCUUAUAUCAAUAUAUCGAUAUUACUUCGAUCGGCCUACAUAUUUUUUCUCGACUAUAAUUCCUAACAAUGUAUGAUAACUGAUAGUGACGACCAAACGAUUCAUGAAAAUUAAUUAGACAGGAUUUGUUCAAUUUUAAUUACAACAAACUCUGCAAAGCUGAUCGAUAAAAUUUCAGUUCAAAUACCUGAUGGAUAAUUUUCUGCAACUAUACCAAUACUUGUGUGUUGGCUACAACGUGUAUGAUGUAGUAAAUAUACUUACAAACGAUUCAGAGUCAAUUGAGCCGAUUAAUAAUUUAUUAAAAAUAGCAAUAGGCUUCGUUGAAUGGAGCCGGUUGUUAUUGAGAUUAUUGUAACGUCGUGUGUGCAGCGUACGUGUAUCUUAUUACGUACGAUUGCGUACAG